AUUCCUGAUGAGCGAGGGAAAUACCGAUGUCUUCGAUUAAAGAAAGAAUGUUAUUUCCGACCUGCUCGGCCGCGUGCCACCCAGAAGAAGCGCUCAACACGCAUAGAGGCGCUAGAGGAUAAGAUUGACCUAAUUAUGGGUCAAAUCAAUCGAUCCCACGGAUCAGAUACAUCUCAUUCUACCCCCAAAAGUGACACUACAGACGUCAUUGCCAAGGGACAUACGCAUGCUAAGAAGGGGCGUGGGCACUCCAGUGGUACUACUCAGAGACUUGACAUCGUCGAUGCAAUCGGAAAAGGCCUCGUCAGCUAUGAUCUCGCAACAGAUUUACUACAGGAAUAUCGAAAAUCGUCACUCUUAUUCCCCUUUGUGGUUAUACCAGAAGCCACCACAGUUCAAGAACUCCGAGCUGAAAAGCCUUUCCUACUUCUCUGCAUUCUCACCGUCUCUUCUUUCAGAGAUGAUGUGUUACUUAAAUCCCUAGAGGAGUUGUUGAAGAGAUUCGUGGCGGAGGUCAUCCUUCAUUCUGCUCAUGAUGCCCAUCCACCUCAUUUGGAAACAAUUCAGGGACUGUUGGUAAUUCUAGCUGGAACUCGCCAGCUCUAUCAAUUAUGUCGCUUCUCUCAUUACAUUCACCUUGCCAUAGGCAUUAUCAAUGAUUCAAGAAUGGACCGUCCACCCCAACACAGAGUCGCCACACGACUAGAUAUAGCUGGUGAGACCGAUCAAACAGAGGUAGAGAAUGGCCCAGGUCCAGAGGAGAGUAGGGCACUCAUCGGCAUAUUCUUGCUGAAUUCAACAAAUUCAAUCCUCAUGCAAAAAACAUGCACAUUCCCCUGGUCAUCAUUCAUAGAAUCCUGCGCGGCAGAUCUAUCGCAGAAAUGCGAGUACCCAGGAGAUAAGUACAUGAUCUACUAUGUCCAGUUACAACGUAUGCUCGAACGCAUGAAUACACUCACAGCGAUUGGUAUUGAAGGACACUCCGAUGUGGAACAACGGAUUCGGUUAUUCCGUAAUGAGGUAGAGGAGUAUAAGAAUCAAUUGGUUGUUCCUCCUACUUGUGAUGUCCUCAUCGCAACACAAUACCAUACCCUCGAACUCCAACUCUGCCAAAUAACCCUCCUCGACAAAAAAUCCACAACAACCCAAGACAAUUUCCUCCUCAUCUCCAGAAGUGAUAUUCUCUGUCACGGUCUUGCAUCCAUGAAACGAUUCCUGGAAUACUAUUACACCCUCCCGCCGCUUCUUGAAACAAGUUUCAACAUAAUAAACUGGCUUGAGAUUGGGUUCUUACUCGCCGCAGCAUGUAAAAUGGUUAUUGCUGCCCUGGAUCCUUCUCUACGACAUAAUCCGCAGGUUCAGAACCUGCGUGAUGCACUCGACAUGUCGAAUAUUCUCCAGUAUUUCAUUAAUCGAUUGGAUCAUGUCGCGAAGAGUUGUAAGGAUAUGGAGUUCUCGCAUUAUUCUGAGUGGCUUUCUGCUGCGAAGAUUUGGUUUGAGAAGACCUUUCAACUUGCUAGCCUUGAGGCUUCGAAGAUUAUUGCUACUACUUCUGGCUUGUCUCAUGUUGAGAAUGGGGUUACUGGGUUUGAGGGCUAUGGAUCUGCAUCUGGGUCGCAGCUUGUUGAUCCGAGUGAGGGGUUACAGGUUGAGACGGAUGUGAAUUUGAAUCUUUUUGGUUUGGAUUUUGAUGUCACGAUUGAGGAGUUGUGUGGUGUUGGGGGUCCUAUGGCUAUGCCGACUAUGUUUGAUUUUAGGUAA